UAUAUUACUACUAAAAAUACAUUACUACUAACUUUUGAGCGAGCGAAGAAUGCGCAUUUGCACUCGCUUCACCAGCGCACGGGAAUUCGGCAAGUCAUAAACAUUGCGAGGGUCGUCAACGCGUGGGUUUUCCCCAACGUUUGAGCGCAUGGGAAAAUGCGUGCACGUUCAACUUAUCAGUGUAGCAAAAUUUGGAAAGUUGGUUCGUCAUAAAUUUUAGACUGAUAAUUAUAAGCGCAAAGAAAAAAUGUAAGGCAAGCUGUCGUAAAAACCUGUGAAGACAUUUUAUUGUUUGGAAGUCCAACAUUUGCGGUUGUGCAGGUGCUCACCAUAUUGCUUAUUUUCCUAUUUAUAUUGUUUCCAACACAUAACAGCAGACGUUCAUUUUCUCCAGUUGGAGCUUAAAACUUGCACGAGUAACAUUGACUCGAGUCGAACUUGUAUUUUGCGCUACAUAAAUACAAUUUGGCUUACUUUUAUCCAAAUUGAGCUAUCGUGCUCAUACAAAACUCUCGGGACAAUAAUUUUGUCAAGGCUGUAGCAGCAGCAGUACCAGGAUUUUCGUAAACGCUCGUCCUACAAUUUAGCGCGCCGAGAAAGAGUACAAACGAAAACGAGAUAAAGUAUGUCUGGUAAUGUUGAACUUGCCGUACCUUAGGUGAAAAAAUAAUGUACAUAAUUCUUGCGUGAAGUUGGUGAUUACGUUCUGACGUUAUGUGGGAAUUACCUACUUCUAGCACUCUUCAAUGUAUUAUUUCCAACAAAUUUCAUAUUUGAUGUAGUCACUUUCAUAAACCAACAAAAGUAACUUAAUCAAUCCUGAUAUAUCAUAAAUUGAUUGUGUAAAGCCUCAAAUUCAAGCUGUUAUUAUAAAUGAAUUCGGUUUGAAUCGAGAACUAUGGCGGUUCAGGCCAAAGCCAAGGUCCUAACAUUAGCUAUAUUUACUUUGAUUUAUUAUAAAUCCGCAUGAUCCGUGCAGCAAGCUCGGUGUUUUGAAUAUUCUUUAGGAGUAAACGAUUUUUCUUAAAUUGAAAGAAACGAAAGUACUAUGAAAUCCAUAAGUUUCUUAUGUAAUAAGAAACAAUCGAUGGAAGCAAGUAACAAAAAAAGGAAAAGUCAUAUUACCUCCAAUUCUGAAGAAUUUUUCGUCAAAAUAACAUAACUCUUUUUUCACUUUACAAUUAGCAAAGAGCACAACGCUUAUUCGUCAAAUCUGACACUACAUAGAACUUACAUUAUUGACUUCUUAUUUAUAUAAUACACGUAACCAUAUUUAACUUUCCCCCUUGCACAUACAUGCAAACAUUAACAAGUUAUGAAUUAUAAUUCCUGGGGAAUUAGUCAAGGAACCAGAUAUGGCCCUAUCAUAGGGCGCACCUCGGAAACUGUACCCUUUGCGUACCAUUUUAUUUGGAGUAUUUUUUAAAGCCUUCGCAAACUCGACGUAUCGUUUUCUAAGAAAGUUUAAAAUAUUUUUUGUUGAUAAUAUACAUAAAACAAUGUACUAGGAAUACGUAAGUUGUUAAUAAAUAUUCAGGAUAUAUUCCUGACAUACGGUUAGAAAGCAAAAAAUUAUAUUUUUCAAACUUUUGAAUUUUUUAGAUUUUAUUUUUGUUGAAAAUUCGCUUAAGAAUUUGUUCCUUCUAAAACAACUCAAUUUUACUAUUAUUUUGGGGUUGAACAUACAAGAAAACCCUUGGUUAAUUCAUCCGAAUCGAGAAGAUCACGAGACUAUACUGGCUCUUUGACUAGGUUCGUGUUAGAAACGUGUGCGCGCGCGUGUAUGUGUGUUUGCACGCGCGCGAAUGUUUACGAUCCUAAACCAGAAAAUGAAAUCUCUUCCCUAACCAAGACACUUUUAAAAAGGUAAAACUGUAAAGUAGGCCGCAAAACCUUAAUAUAGCGUUAAAAUCAGUUUUCUUUUUGGGGCACGCAAGUGCGUUCAAACUGUCAUUUGCAUUGUUACCACGACGCGCUCAUUUAUAAUUAUUUGUAAGGAAGGGUUCGACAGAAAGUUGGCGCUCGUAGUAACAAUCCAAAUUGGACGGCUCCUAGUAAUAAGAAGCUAUCUCAACGGGCUUGUUAAUAUGACAUUAUCUCGCGAUGAAUUAAAAAAAGGUGUUAGUCCUGCGUUUAUUUCAGAGGACCUAUCUCAGCGUGUAAUUCAAAAAGGUGCUCUCUCGGCGAUCCAUGCAAAAGGGUGCUAUCUCGUGUAUAAAUAGUAUUUAAUACUUAUAAUUAAUAAUACUGAUAAUGCUAUUGGUACUGAUAAUUAAUAUUACUAAUAUUUCCUUGCGUUGGCCCUCGCGAGAUAAUACCCUUUUCGAAUUGCACGCUCAGAUAGCACCUUUUUGAAAUUACUAUUGAAUAGCACCUUUUUCAAUUAACUGCGAGAUAACACUAUAUUACUAGGAAGCGUCGAAUUACAGUUUUCAUGCGCUUGCAAGCAGCUAGAAAAACAAUUAUUUAAAAACUAUUUCUAAGGUUUGCAGCUGAUUUGCAAUUUGCAUAGAGUAAAAUAACAUUAUAAUAGUGAUAGAAAGAGAGCGAGAGAGAGAGAGAGUGCAACGACGUUGCACGUAGUAUCUCUUAACGAGUAUAGGUAUACAAUGGCAUCAGCAGUCAUUGACUGCGUCUCACGCGCGAAAUAGUCGGCUAGACAGUCAAUGACCAAGCCUGAUAGUGUGCUUGUUGACUUGAAAUCCACAGUGGGCCGGCAGCAUAUGAGCAUGUGUGCGUACGUAUACAAAGCGCGGAUAGCGCAAGCAAGUUCUGUUGCAUGAGCUGAUACAAAUAUGCAAUGCCUGUGCGUGUGUGUCGAGAUUAACCAAAGAUUGCUGAAGUCAAUGAAAAAACACUUGCUGUGCCAGCACGAAAGAGAGUUGUCUGUAAGAGUAACAAGCCCUAUAGAGCGCUCUAUUCUUGCACAGCUAAGCCGCGAAGCGAUGAGCGAUGCGCGAGUUGCGCCGCAGCGUCGUUGACCAGAGUAGAUGAAACAAUAGUAGGGAUGAGACGCGCCAGGGGAAAGCAACGAGGGGAAUAACAUGUGCCGAUAAAAAAGACUGUCGAGAGAGGGAGAGGAAUACAGUGAACCCCGGGCGCCGCGGCAUCGUCGUUGUAUGUUUUUCUCUACCCCUUCUGCUCGCAACGUAUCUUCUCCCACUGCGGCUCUGGCGGGCAACCCCUCUCUUCUCGCGCGGUAGCUGUGCCGUGGUGCCUGCAGUGUAGGUUGCUUGUUACGGCGACGUGGCUGUGUAUAUGCAGUGGGUGCCCCUCGGGCUCUCUCCUGCGCCGCCUUCGAUAAGCAGCUGGAGUGGGGCAUUUCUGGAGUCGCGAGUAACGCGACCCCACUCUUGUUUACGCCUGUGAAUGCUCGCGAGCUGCUUCCCCUUGCGCCUGUACCCCUCCAUCGGCGUGCUCACGUUGUUUUUCUGCCUAUCUCUUUCUCCGCAGUAGACUCAUUCCAGCUCAUUCACUGCCGUACGCUGCGUCGAUGUUUUUUGCUGGCCUCUUUUUUUCCUCCGUCUUAUCCAUAUAGUAGCUGCGCUGUGCGCUCCAUUUUUCUUGGCGUCUUUAUCGCAUCUCGGGCUUGGGUCUCGGACCUCGGGCCGCGUGUGCUGCACAGGCAGCCGGCUACGAUUAUCCUCUUGUGUCUCGUAGUGUCACUGCACUUCACGCGGGCACGAAUCGCACAUGUGGUACCACGCGCAAUAGCAGUUCGCAGAGUCGACGGAGCAAUGCCCUUCGAAGCACUGCACGCGAUGCCUAAGGUAGCGCGGCAAAUGCGAGUGUAAACAGUAGGUGGCAGAGGCGGAAUAUUCGCAUGCGCGCGAGGCGAAAAUCGCCAUUUUGAUAUGAAUAACAUGUCGAGUGCCGCGUAAAGCCGCAAACGCGCUGGAUUGGCGAGAGGCUAUUCCGCGAGAGAAAGAGAGUGGGAGAGAGCAUCGGCGGAACUGCGAAGAAAAACAGAGACGGAACGAGCUAGCAGCCAAGACGCUGUCGGCGGCGCACACAUUCACAAGCCGCUGUGUGACGUAAAAAGCAUAGAAGUGGAGAGCAAAGCGAGCUGAAAGAAGGGGAAAAGUCGCGCGCGCACACAACAGAGCGGCGACCAGACGCAAAGAAAGGUUCACGUGUGCGCGCUGUCCGUGUGUACACAACGUAGCAGCGGGAUCCACCACGUACGCGCAUCAGCGAGGGAGAAAGAGAGAGAGAGAGAGAGAGAGAGGAAACACGCGAGUUUUUACGUUGUCGGAGAGCUCGAGAGCGAGAAGCGAAGAGCUAGGCCAAGCGGCGCGGUGCGGCGUAGGCAGUACUGCAAGAGGCCGCCGUGACGACGCGCUGCACGCCCCGAGAGCGCGCAUUCAGACUGCAAUCGCUCGCUCCGAGUCGGAACUGCUCUCGCGGAAGCGCAACGUGCUCCGCUGGCUUUUGGCGCUCUUUCGCCGCACCUCUCGCGCGCGCUCCGUGCUCCGUCUCUGUCGCGCUCUCUCGCAAGUUCGGGCUCACGUGCGCCCGCCGUGCGGCGGUUGGGGACGCGCGCGACUGUGCUGCCCGCUGCUGCUGUUGCAAACGCACGGCACAGUGCCGGUACGCGCGCCAGUCUGACUCAUUGCCAAAGACUGCCAGUGCGAGUCGUCGUGUGGGCGCUGCUAUUCGGCCGCAGCGCCGAGCGAUUAGCUGCUAGCUGCCUACCUCCAUUCAGCAAGACCUGCACGAGCGCACGCGGACAGACGAGCGCAGCCGAGUGCGGAUCAAAACAAACCCGAGUGCGUGCCUGCUGUGGCUGCUUACGCGCGUGGUGCCUGUAGCAGUGUGCAGACGAUCCGUAGCAUUGGCCUGGGCGAGUUCGCUCUGCCGCUUGUCGCCGUGGCCGCUGACCGGCUCGGUAUCGGCGGUCCAGUGAUUCAUUUCUGUUAUCCGGUUGUGUUGUCCUAGUGCGGUAUCUCGACCGAGCCCGCGAGCCGGACGCCGCUCUCGCGUGUCUGCUCUGCAGCUGCAGCUGAACCUCCUGUUUUCGCCAAACUGACGCCAGAUAAACGAGUACGUGGAGCAGCAGCAGUGAGUACUCUGAUGGACUCUGCAGCCAAUGAGCUUCGCCUGUCACUCGACUGCCUCCGUUGCCGAUGCCAGCCUCGCUAAAUUGAAUUUCCUACGAAUAGCUAUAGACGUAGUGAUGCUUCGAAGGUUAAAAGAUUUAGUAAUCAGUCGAGGAAAACCAAAGUGACAUUUAUUGAUCGUCCCCUUUUUAAUUUGUUUUGCUCGCCUACAAUGCACUAGAGAGAAUAGUAAAACUGUGUCACCUGAACGGAGCGAGUGCUAGAUAAGUGAAAUUACGGUCAUCGUUUGUAGCAGACAGCCGAAGCAAGCGCAAGUAGGCGCAGCUUCGUCCGUGGCGGCCUCAACGAGCAAAAGCUCUGCCGGCGGUGGCGGCUGUACGCUGCCAUCCGCAGGCCUAUGCUGCAAGAAGCGGCGGCGGCCGUGGCGGCAGGAGGCCCGGCUUCGAUGAGUGCUAGCCUCACAAGUACCAGUGGAGAUACUGCUGACGGCACUAUAGGUGCAGUCACAGGCACGGUCACAAAUACGGGACCGAUCACUGGUAGCAACAGCGGCAUCGCCGCGGCCAACGGUGGCGGCGCCACCAACGGCAACGCCAAUAUGUUCCCCCAGCAGUACUGCCUCAGGUGGAAAUAUCAUCAUAGUAACUUACAAACUAUGUUCUCACAGUUGUUGGAGCGCCAGGCUUACUGUGAUGUUACCCUCGCUUGCGAAGGCAAGACUCUCAGGGCUCAUAAGGUGGUCCUGUCUGCGUGCAGUACGUACUUCGAUACAAUCUUGUCUCAAUACGAGGAAAAAGAUCCAAUAGUGAUCAUGCGUGAUGUUAAAUUUUCUGACAUCAAGGUACUCGUCGAGUUCAUGUAUAAAGGAGAAAUCAACAUUGAUCAUACAAGACUAUCGUCACUAUUGAAAACUGCUGAAGAUUUGCACAUAAAGGGCCUUGCAGAAGUAAGUUGGCGUAGUGAAUCGGCGGCCGCGGCUGCUGCAGCCGCAGCCGCAGCUGCAGCAGCGGCUCAAGGUGAAGCCCUCAUCGCAAGUGGACAUAGCCCCGGUGUGGAGACGGUGCUACGCGAGGGUCUUGAGACGGAACUCGCAACUGAGCUACCACCACCACCCAAGCAGAGACGUCGGGGUAGACCGCCUCUUGAUGACCCACCGUCCGCUCAUGAUGUCUUCACGCCCAAAAUCACUUGCAUUACAGCCAACGUAAGAAAGCAGGAGGAUCUGAGCGAAGGUGAUCACGAGAGUUGGGACGAUGAGAUGAUGAUGCCGGAGAGCAACGAAACCCCAAUGCCCAUCCUGUCGUACAUGCCGAAGGAUGAUAGCAUGUUAGAACAGGAAAAAAAAGUUAAUACAACGCAAAACUCGAACGCCAUGAAUCCAGCAAUACCAGAGCAAUUUCGUGAUGUUGUAAAGAUGAACGACUAUCUGACAACAGGCAGACGGCAGGAGUUUUGGGAGGAGCCUUUUACGCGACGCGUCAUGGAUGCGAUAAAGAGCAAAGAGCUCGAGAUGAAAACUGCAGCUGAGAUACUCGGUGUUUCCUAUGGCACCCUUUACGGGAGAUAUCGAGACAGUUACGGCUGCCUCAAACAUCCUUACAGAGUACGGGACUUUUGGUCGGAGCCGGGACCUGCGGAGAUUCUGGCCAAACUAAGGCGAAAGGAAAUAACGUUAUUUCGCGCAGCAGAGUUUCUCAAUGUGACUGUUCAUACGUUAGCGACGUACCUAUCAACUUUACAGGGUCCCGAACGGAUCUCUCUCGCAGGUGACCUCAGUGUUUCACCCGCCAGUCAGGUAGGCGUUGACCAAGCACCACCUCCGCCACCACCGCCUGCAAUGGGACCCGAGGCUGACAUUGCUGAACAGCUCAGCAUGAGCGAGAUGCUCCACAAGAUGAAUGCGGCUGCCCAAGCUGCCUCUCCCACAGCAUGUGCAAGUAUCAAACGCGAAGGUGGUGGCUAUGUCGAUCUAGCUCAGGUCGGCUGCCUCGUACCCAAAGCCGCAAGUUCUGUGCUCGAGAAUAAUCCCGAUAUCACGAUUGUCAAGGCCGACAGCAUGCAGCGUAAGCGUGCUCUGACUGACUAUACAAAACUUGCCACUACCGAAAACAAUAAUGCCAAACUAAUGAGUGGUGGUGCUGCCGCAGUCGUUGGUGAGCUCGCUCAAGCCCAGCUGAUUGCUACCCACCCAGCAACAUCGGCAGUGCAGCAGCAGCCGUCACCAUCUCAGUCAAUAAUACAACAGCAACCGCAACUUCAACAUCAUUCGCAGCAUCAUUUAUCCCAGCAGCAUUCAGCCAAGCUUGCCGACUCAAUCCCUAUGAACAAUGACGUUGGCAAACCCUAACUAUUCAGGCCGUACUUAGUGUCCUCAAGUUGCUUUAGCGAUGGGGAUCUCAGAAUAUCGUCUAUACCGACAUGGCUCACUAGUCUAAGACAACGCAGCGGCAUUACCAGCACAAUAAACAGCAAUAGCAACAAUAACUGCAUCAGAAACAACAAUAGCAUCAGCAGCAACAACAACAGCAACGACCGUCACUACUGUUAUCGUCAUAAUAGCGAUAAUCAUCAUUACUAUGGCGAUCACCACUUUAGCAACUGCAAUACCAACGGUGUUGAUUUCUGCUGCCAGACCUUAUAUACCAACGUUUUCGCCACCUACCAUCUCCAUUCUAGCUAGGCGAUUUAUCAACAUUUCUCCCCUUGCCUUCACAACUACGGCCUUUGCAUCGACAGUUGGUCGAUAACAUAUUCAUUCAUUUUUUGCAAUUGUAUUCUCUCAUACCACCAUUAUUUUAGACUGACGAAUCUUUAUUUUUUCAUUUUUAAUUUUUUUAAGUACCUUGGCUGAGUAGCGUUCAUUCGCAUUUGAUCGUUCAUCUCUUGUAAAUCUGUUAAUCAUUCAAAUUGUUUUACUGCAGUGUUAUAUUGGUGUUCUAAACUAUCAUAUCGUCACAUUGCAAUGGAAAUAAUGAUUUAUAAUUAAGUAAUCGACUGAACCUAGCGGAAACCAGUUGCUCUAUUUAUUUUUAGAAGAAAAAUAACUCAAUAGUUUUAGUAUAUUUACAAGUUUUUUUUUAGAUUCAACAUCAAACUUUCUCGAAGUGUUUCCGCAUAAGAAUUCAUUUUACUUGUACUAUUUAUUUUCAUUGAAUGAGCGAAAAAGCCAUUCUAAUUAAUAGAUGUAACGCAAAAUAUUUAUGCGCUUCCAAUUAACUGUUAAAUAUCGGUUUGUACAAUAAUGUAUGAUUUUUAAAUUUAUCAAUAGAUAAUACUUUUACAUUUUAAGAAAGCCCUCCAUACCAUUAAUAUUAUAUUUAAAUAUAUAUAGCAAACAGGAGCAUCUUUUUAAUACUGGGAUAUUGGGAUUUUCAUACAUUUCCAAAAAUCAAUUUGGUAUAUAGUAUGCUCCGAGUUAUUCUAUAAUCCUCAAUUGAAGUCGACUACCUAGAAUAAAAAUGGAAGUUGAUAUUCAACCAAAAUCAUGGUUAUGUAAAUAAAACAAAUGAUGCACUCGGCUUUUUAUUGAGUUAUAUUUUUUAUUUUUUAUUGAGUUUAUAGCCUGAAUUUUCUUUGAAAACGAUUUCUUAAAUUUUUUUGUGCUCCGGGAAUGCUGACUUAGCUGAACUUAGUUAAGCGCUAAUGUAUCGAAAUCUAGUUAUGAUAAAUUUUUGUAAUCACACACACAGACAUACAUACACAAAUAUAAGGUAUAUUUGCCUAAUAUGCCCUACCUAUGCCCGAACAACCAUAACUUUUAACCAAAAUUGAAUUUUUUAAUAUAGGAGAAUUCAUGUAAAAGCUACAUCCUGUCCUUCAAAAUAAACCAUCAAACGAUCAAUUUGAUGACACGUGCUUGAAUUAUAGCUUUUUGCAGCAAACUACUUUUUUUUUAUACACACGAGUUAGUGUGCUCAAUAUGGCUCCUUUUGAAAAAUGAGUUUUGGAAGGUAAAAAUCAUAUAAAACACUUGAAAAUAAGUUUUAAUAUCAAAAUUUAUUGUAAUUAACGUUACAAGUAUUUUUUAAUACUAUUUAGUAAAAGUAUACACUAUGCUAGUUUUGAGAACUACACUUUGACUUGAACAAAAUAAUAUUAGGGUUUGGAUUCUUAUUAAUACAGAUUUUCAAUUAAAAAUGAUAAAAAAAUAAUUUUAUUCCAGUCAAAAGUACACGAAAAUAAUAAAAACUAAAAUAAUAGUUUUUAAAAAUAAUUAAAAAAUACCUUGCAAUAAAUAUUUGUAAAUAAUAUGACAAAAUUCAGAAUUUAUUUUAAAAAUAAUAUAAAGUCUUUAGUCAUCUAUACGCAGUCAGGGCAAAUAAAAAUUAUAAUUCUUCGACAUAUAUUGAGCAUGUCAAGUUUUUCUAUAUCCAUUUUAUUCUGCUUGCGUUCACCAAUUCAAAACUAAAACAAUAGACAUAAUUGUAAUGUUUAUAAAUUGUUUCUACAUUGUUUUCGCAAGCGACUAUAUUGAGACAAAUUGAGUAAAAAUAGUAAUCGAGGCGGCAUUUUGCUAAUUCAUAAACUACAGAAAUUUUGAAAAGCUUUUUUGAAAUAAUAAAAAACAUUGAAUCGAAUGGUAAAUAGGAAAUUUUGUUUUCGAAAUAAUAAGAUAAUGAGCUUAAAUUUUACAUACUCACCUUCAAGAUAUUAAAAAAAUGAAAAAGAUACUUGGUUAAAACAUAAAAUAUCUUCGAAAACUCGAAUCAAUAUUUUGUAGACUUCAAAAUUUUGACACAUUAAUUAGUAAACUGGACUAUACGACUAUCACAAAAUGACGUAUUAGUAGGACAUUUCAAUUUUAAAUACCAGCCAAGGGACAUAUUAGGAAGGGGGGCAUAUUAGAUAAAUGUACCAUAUAUACGUAUGUAUGCGAUGGCAAAAAAAGAUUUCCAUUGAAUUACAAUUCGCUGAAAUUAUAACAUAAAGUCAUCGACUUCACGAAAGUGUAAAAAUUUCAGUCAUAUUUGUUACUAAAUAGUUUGUGGUAAAAAAAUAUAAGCAAAAUGUUCUGGGGCAAAAUGUUCUUCAAAAUGAAAUGAUCAAUGUUAUUGUUGGUCUACAAUAAAAUUUCAAUUACUGGAAUUCUUUAAUAAAUUUUUGUAAAUAUAAAAAAAAGGGAAACGUUAUUUGUUAGUUUAAAAAAUGCAUAAGUAUCUAGAAACAUCUCAAGAGAGUAGCGUAUGGAAAAUUAAAGUUGGUGAAUUCGAAAAAUAAGUACUCGAAUUAAGUAAGUCAUCGGCAACACUUAUAGAUAUAUGCAAUUUAUAGACAGAGUUAGUUCUGACCUCAUUUAUUUCUGCUUAAAUUAUACAUAUAGACGUUUGAUAUAUUUACCACCGAUGGAUUCUAUCAAAUUCCAUCUAUGAAUUAUUUUGUAAGGUGAUAAGUAACAACUGUUUAGAGUUGACUCCUGAAGGAAUAAGAUAGACAAAUUUAUUCAUAGAACAAUAAUGUAAAAUAUCGAUAGAUGUUCUCACUCAGAUUAUAACUAAUAAACAUCAUUUUCAUUCAUGUACUAAUCUCUGCCAUGCUAAAGAAGUUUGUUAUUUUUAAUUUUUUUUCAUCUUUAUUGGCUU